AUGCAUCUUCCAACCUCUGGCCAAGAGCUAGAGAAAAGGGACAUCAAGGAGUUCUGGAACAAGCUCAUCAGCCCAUGGUGCAAGACGUUUCCCAAGUCGCUGGGAUGUCCCAAGCCUGAGGAGCCCGCCCCCCAGCCGGAGCCGAGCCCGACGACACCCACGCCGACGAACCCUCCAUUGGAAGCCCCCGUGGUGCCGGUGCCCGCGCCGGUUCCUACCACGCCAGCAUCGGCCCCGGAUACGGAGAAGCCUCCUGUCAACAAUACUCCGGUUACUAAUCCAGUCAAGACACCAGCGGAGGACCCGCCAAAGAACAGUGCCCCUACGCCUGGGAACUCGGGAGGUGGAGGAGGGUCAGGAAAUGAGUCGGGCAAUGGGUCUAGUCCUGGAACAGGAUCUGGUGCAGGGAACGGGUCGGGUGGUGGUUCCGGCAAUGGCUCGGGGAAUGGUUCAGGCAGUGGGUCGGGUUCAGGAUCAGGUUCGGGCUCAACUCCCAGCCCUGGUGUAGGACAGGGUUCUGGUUCUGGUUCUGGUUCGGGUUCAAAUCAAGGAUCGAAUCCAGGGACUGGCUCCGGCUCCGGCUCCGGCUCCAGCAAUGGGUCUGGUUCAGGAUCGAGCUCUGGCAAUGGCUCUGGUUCGCCAACACCAACCUCUGGGAACUCCAACUCUGGAUCUUCUGGCUCGGGUUCAUCUGGCAAUGGGAACUCAGGAUCCAACAGCAAUUCAGGCAAUGGCAAACAGGGAGCCGGCUCAACAACAACAGGGCCCCAAAAGGCGUUCCCCUCCACCGCAGGAAACGCCCUCUUGGCUGUGGAUGGCACCCAAAACGGACAGAACCAAGUCACCCAGAAAGGCGCCGACUCAGCCACAGGCGGCGGCUAUGUUCCCGGCUCAGAUUACACCUCCACCGACGAGUUUGGUUACACCUAUCAUGGCGAGCUUGACCAGAACUCAGGGGGCGUUCGCGGGACGUCAGGAACAGGCACCAACAACGGCUCAAAUCCCGGCAGUACCGACAAUACCAAUAACGCCAACGAGAAAGGCUCCAGCCCCAUGAUCGGCAUCAUCGGAGCCGUAGUCUCCCUCCUGGUAGUGCUCCUCCUCCUCAUCGCCCUCCUUUACCGCUACCGCCGCACCCGGCGCGUCCAAGCCUUCCUGACAAGAUGCACCCCUUUCAAAAUCGCCCCUUACAGCAAGAAGGAAAAGAAACGCUCAUCAAUGGGCAACGGCCUCUUAUUCAGCGACAUCGGUGAUGCAGCUGACUCGGCAAUGUACGAGAAGCGAAGCAGCAUGAACUACGGCACCGCCACUGCCCCCCCUCCCCCAGUCUCCUCAUCGGUUACUCUCCCCGCCGCAGCCACGAUCCCCCCCCUCAGGCUGGAUUGCGCCCCUAGUAACAACAACAACUUAUCCCUAAUGGACAAACGCGCCUCCUCCCCCACGAGCGGUCUGCUCAUUGACUUUUCCCCUCUGACGCCAGGAUUGCCAACUAUUCCGUCUCCGACGAUCCCCCGGCGGUCGAGUCAGGAUUCCAUCGGGGCGGCGAGUAUAGCCUCUAGCGGGGUGUUCUCCCCUUCGUUGAUCAGCUGGCCUAUGCCGCCUUCUACGCCAGGGAAUUCAAGGCCGACGACGGGAACGGGGUGUAACUGGCCGGUGUUGCAGCCAGAGACGGUGCCGGCUGUGCCCGCGGUUAUUCAACAGACAUCUGCUGCUGCUGCUAGUGCACCGCCUUCGAGGCCGACAACGGGGGGCUCGCACAGGUACAGUCUUAUGCCUGUUAUCAAGCCUGCUCAGCCGGCGCUGCCGAGCAACUGGGUCAAGCCCAAGGGGUGGGAUUAG